AUGAGCAUCAACGAGAUAUUUUCGACGCUCAUUCACGGAGGAUAUGUGGUGUGGUCUUCUGAGUCCGACCGCAUGAACAAUAUUAGGGACUUCAUUGACAAGAAUAAAGUCAAAACAGCUAUUCUUACUCCGACAGAGUUGAAGAUGCUUCCCACCAAUGACAGUCACCUUCAUAAUGUCGUACUGAUAGGAGAGGCCGGUACUGAUCAUUUGAUAUAA